GUCUCUCUCCAAAGGUGGCUUUUUCGGUUUGACCCAGGUGUCCUGGCCUCAGCUCCCCCUUAGGAUCCAGCUUUCUCUGGCAGAACAUCUCUUAGGGAAGAAAAACAAGACAGAAGGAAACGCUCCCUCAGUGUGAGAUCUCUGUGCCUUCCCUGGACCUGAGAUCUCUCUGUCUUCUGGGAGCCAGCUCUGCACAAGCAGGUGCCAGAGUCUCUCCCGCGAAGGCAGAACGUUUGCAGGCCCUCUGAGACUUCAAGCUCCGCAAUUCCAGGCCAGUUUACUGACCACCAAAGUCUAUUUAUUCCAAGGAGAGAGCCUGGAACCAGAGAGGAUGGCCCCAGGGACCCAGACACCCUCAUCCCAGGAGUUGGUGACAUUCAAGGAUGUGGCUGUGGAUUUCACCCAGGAGGAGUGGCGCCUCUUGGACCAUUCUCAGAGAGAGCUGUACAAGGAGGUCAUGCUGGAGAAUGUCCAGAACCUGCUCUCUGUGGGACUUCCAGUUUCUAGAGAAGAUUUGAGUUAUCCUUUCCAGGAAGGGCAAUCACCAGGGAUGGUAGAGCACAAAGGUCCAAGGAACUCCUGUCUAGGUGGAGACACUAGGUUGAUUGUGAAGAAGAUGGCUACUAAUGUGAACAUUUCUGGGAAAGAAUUUGAGCAGCAUAGAUCUGAGAGUGAUGGUGCAAAGGCCUUUGGUCGGAACUCAGAUGUCAUUAGGCAUCAGAAUAUUCAAAAUGAAAAAAAGUUUUAUAAAUGUAAUCAGUGUGGAAACACAUUCACAGAGAGUUCGAAUCUUGCUAAGCAUCAGAGAAUCCACACUGGAGAGAAACCUUAUGAAUGUGAUCAGUGUGGAAAGGCUUUCAAAAGGAAAUCCCAUCUUGUUGUACAUCAGAGAAUCCACAGUGGAGAGAAACGUUAUGAAUGUCAUCAGUGUGGAAAGACUUUCAGAGAGAAUUUCAGUCUUGCUGUACAUCAGAGAAUCCACACUGGAGGGAAACCUUAUAAAUGUAAUCAGUGUGGAAAGGCUUUCAAAGUGAGCUCUAGUCUUGUUGUACAUCAGAGAAUCCACACUGGAGAGAAACCUUAUGAAUGUCAUCAGUGUGGAAAGACUUUCAGAGAGAAUUCCAGCCUUGCUAAGCAUCAGAGAAUCCACACUGGAGAGAAACCUUAUAAAUGUAAUCAGUGUGGAAAGGCUUUCACACAGAGCUGCAGUCUUGCUGUACAUCAGAGAAUCCACACUGGAGAGAAACCUUAUGAAUGUGAUCAUUGUGGAAAGGCUUUCACAGUGAGCUCUACUCUUGCUGCACAUCAGAGAAUGCACACUGGAGAGAAAUGUUAUGCAUGUAAUCAGUGUGGAAAGACUUUCACAGGGGAAUCCCAUCUUGUUGUACAUCAGAGAAUCCACACUGGAGAGAAACCUUAUGAAUGUAGUAAGUGUGGAAAAGCUUUCAAAGCGAACUCCCAUCUUGUUGCACAUCAGAGAAUCCACACUGGAGAGAAACCUUAUGAAUGUCAUCACUGUGGAAAAGCUUUCAAAGUGAGCUCCCAUCUUGUUGUUCAUCAGAGGAUGCACACUGGAGAGAAACCUUAUGAAUGUCUUCAGUGUGGAAAGGCUUUCAGAGAGAGGUCCAACCUUGCUGCACAUCAGAGAAUCCACACUGGGGAGAAACCUUAUCAAUGCAAUCAGUGUGGAAAGACUUUCAGAGAGCGUUCCAGUCUUACUGUGCAUCAGAGAAUCCACACUGGAGAGAAACCUUGUAAAUGUAAUCAGUGUGGAAAGGCUUUCACAGAGAGUUCCAGUCUUGCUCAGCAUCAGAGAAUCCACACUGGAGAGAAACCUUAUGAAUGCAGUCACUGUGGAAAGGCUUUCACAAGCAGUUCCAGUCUUGCUGCACAUCGGAGAGUCCACACUGGAGAGAAACCUUAUAAAUGUUAUCAGUGUGAGAAGGCUUUCAGAAUGAGCUCCCAUCUUGUUGCACAUCAGAGAAUCCACACUGGAGAGAAACCUUAUAAAUGUUAUCAGUGUGAGAAGGCUUUCAGAAUGAGCUCCCAUCUUGUUGCACAUCAGAGAAUCCACACUGGAGAGAAACCUUAUGAAUGCAAUCAGUGUGGAAAGACUUUCAAAAUGAACUCCAAUCUUGCUACCCAUCAGAGAAUCCACACUGGAGAGAAACCUUAUGAAUGCAAUCAAUGUGGAAAGGCUUUCACAAACAGUUCCAGUCUUGCUGCACAUCGGAGAGUCCACACUGGAGAGAAACCUUACAAAUGUAAUCAGUGUGGCAAGGCUUUCACACAGAGCUCCAGUCGUGCUAAACAUCAGAGAAUCCACACUGGAGAGAGAACUUCUAAAUGUAAUCAGUGUGGCAAGACUUUCACCCAGAGCUCCAAACUUGCUGCACAUCAGAGAAUCCACACUGGAGAGAAACCUUAUGAAUGUGAUCAGUGUGGAAAGACUUUCAGAGAGCGUUCCAGUCUUACUGUGCAUCAGAGAAUCCACACUGGAGAGAAACCUUGUAAAUGUAAUCAGUGUGGAAAGGCUUUCACAGAGAGUUCCAGUCUUGCUCAGCAUCAGAGAAUCCACACUGGAGAGAAACCUUAUGAAUGCAAUCAAUGUGGAAAGGCUUUCACAAGCAGUUCCAGUCUUGCUGUACAUCAAGGAAUCCACACUGGAGAAACACCACCCUGAUGACAUUCAUAAGGUUUAACGAUUGGCAUGAUGCCACCUGCUGGAGACUUACUGUAGGAA